UAGGAUGUAUUUUUGAAAAAAGAAUGUACUUUAGGUGUUAAAGGCGACCUUAUUUUUGAUGAGUAAGAUGGAAUUUCCACGUAAAAAAGCGCGUCACCAUGCCUUACGAAGCGCCUGGGUUCCAGUUUUAUGCACCCAUAGUGUCUGCGUGAGACAUUGUGGAUGCUUAGUCAAGGCAUUUUCGAUGCAUUCUCGCAUUUAAAUUAAGUGCAUUUUUUAUGCUUAACAUAGGACAUUCCGCCGUCCUCAACGCAUCCAGGAUGCAUUAGAUACACUGGAAUGCCAUACAAAAGCGGGCUACCACGAAAAACGUGCAAAAAAGAGACGAAUAAAUCUACCUACAGGAUAGAAAGAAUGUUAGUUUCUCUUGUUGUUAGUUAUGGAAUUUUUAACUUUCAAAUAUAUCUGAGUGUAUAUAUUAGAACAGCGAAUGGUCAAACAACCAUAUUUACUUCGGUUUUCGGUUCUAUAAAAAGCACCUGGUUAGAAAUCCUCUGAUUUCCCCCACUUCAAAAAUAUUAUAAAAUGAAAGAUGAAAGCACCAUGUUAGUGAAUUUGAUGUUGGUAUUUUGAGAUCUUUUCCCUUCUGAUGAUAAAAAAAUAUAUGAAACGUUCAAUCUUAUAGUGCUCUCAUACAGAAAAGGUCAUAAGACUGUUCAAUAUACAAUGUUUAAAUCAUAUAUCUAAACAAAAUUUGGCUUCAUUUAGCUAGAUUUAGUAUCUCAUAAUCUCAUUUCAACUUUGUUUCUUUGUAAACAUAUGGCCAAAAUGGUCUCGUGAGAAGGGUAAAAGUAAAGCUUUAAAGUAUAAAAAUCAGAUUACCUACAUAAAGAAACAGUUAUCACAAAGUUUUGGUUGGCUGAAGAUGUUAAUUUUGGAAUAAUCAUAGGUAGCGCCACAAUAAUGGCGUAACCUGUAAUUACUUUUCGCAUAAAUUGCAUCAGGGGUUAACCAAAAGUUUGUGAUAACCCUUUUUUUUAUAUAGGCAAUCUGAUUUUUAUACUUUAAAGCUUUACUUUUACCCUUCUCAUGAGGUCUUUUCGAUCAUAUGAAUAUAUUUAUUAAUCGAAGAUAAUAUAUUUUUUUAAUAAAACUCGACAGUGUAAAAUAAGUAAUUACACAAACAUGAAUUUUUCUAUCGUAUCCAAGAUCUUUUAGAUUAAUACGAUAUAAGCAUUAAAACCCUUUUUUUGAGUUACAUUUUCGUUGUUCUAUACACACGAGUAAAACAAAAUAAAUUAUGCAAAUUCUAUAAACAAUCAUUGAGUCUUAUCAUCGAUCUCGUUUUUUACACAAAAUUUUAGCUUGUGAUUAAUCAAACUUUUAUCUAGUAGAUUUCCCGAUGGUUUUGAUGAUUUUGUAAACAAAAAGAAAAAUAGCGAAAGAAAAUAGUUCAAUAGGUAUUUCAAGUUUUUACCUUUGGCAACAUUUUGACAAACUCUAAAAAAACCUUGAUUAUUAUAGUGGUGACAUUGAACACCAAAUAUACUAUUUGUAAUUAUCUGAAAUGUUUUAUGCAUGAUUCUACAUGAUUACUCAUGAUUUCUAGUUGAAUUUAUUCCUCUGACCAACUACUGUUGUUUGUUGCAAGAAAUUAGAAUUCACGAUAUAUUUUCAUUUUAACACUAAUUAUUACGUAACAAACACGUUCUAUUUCAUUUUCUAUUACAAAUGAAUAUGAAUAUAUAGAUCAUGAUUAAUAUUCUCUGGUUUACUAAAAAAAAAAACAGAAAAAAUUCUAAUAAAAAAAUGAACUUUCUAAUAUCCAAAGACUAAAUAAAAAAAAAAAAAGAGAAAUACACAUGAAAUAAGAAAAAUGACUUGAACGUCAAGAGAAUUAAUAAUCUAGAAUAUUAGAAUGCAAAACAAAAAGAAACAACGGUGAGCUAAAAUUGUAUCUAUAAGUUCUUUUCAAUCUUACAAUUAUGUAACUAGAUGAAUUUUUGAUUAAAUUUUAUUCAAUUAUUAUUAACAGAAGGAUAAUAUUGACAUUAAAUAAAAUCCACCUGAUGUUGUAUCUUGUUUAAUAUAUACGCAUAGAUGUGCAAUGAAAAUUUAUUUACUCCAUACAUUAUGUAAUCUGUUUCAAUUUUACUUGAUGAUUACUACACAACAGUCUACAUGGAACAAUUACACAUAUUUAAAUAGAUAUCGAAAUAUCUAUCCGACAUUAACAACAACAAUGAGAUUAUCAGAUAUCAGUACAAGACAAACUCAACAUUUUCAAUAUUACAAAACAAUUACUAAUACAAAUCUACCUUGGAAUUGUCGUCUUGAUAAUUUAAAUCGUCUUGAUUGUCGAAACUAUUAUAAUUUUUAUUUAACAUCUUCUUCAUUUUGUCAAAAUGAUUAUUUUAAAUAUUUACUAGUUGAUGAAGUUAUAUUGUAUAAUGAUUAUAAUUGUUUUGAUAGACAAUGGCAAUGUUAUGUAGAAAUUGAUUAUAGUUGGACAAAAUGUUUGAUUUCAUUAAAAAAAUUAAUAAUUAAAAAUUUAAGUUUUAUUAUUUUAUUUCCAAGAACAACAACAUAUUAUGAAACAAAUCCACCAAAAUUAGAUUAUUUAAAAAUUGAAAAUACUCAUGGGAGUGUGACAGAAUUAUUAAAUUUAUUUCGUUUCUCAAAUCUUUCAAGUAUCUAUAUUCAAAAUGUUUAUCCAAGAUGGUCUGGACUUGAUUUAUAUUCAAUAUAUAUGAAAAUAUUUCACAUUAGAAAUAUUAUACCAAAACAAUUUUGGUUAAAUAUUGUUGACUGGUAUCCAGUGACUUACUUAAAUCAACAACAAAAAAUUUUGAUUAAAAAUUGGUUGCAUGCUAUUAUGUGUUUACAUAUUGAAUUAGGCAAUUGCAUUACUUAUCAACAAGAUAUGCUCUAUUUAAGAGAUAUAUUUAUAUCAAGAAUGGAAUUUAAACAAUAUAAUAAAAAUGAAUUAUUCUGUUACAUGGAUCGCGGAAUAAAACGUCAUCAUUGGACAGAAAUAGUAGAAUUGAAGUAUAGUUGCUGUCAACCAGUACCAUAUCGAAGCUCAAAUUCGGUAUUGUAUACGGCAGAACGUACAGAAGAAUGUUUCUCUCAGUUUGUGAAAGAACGUUACACAAUUAAUUCACGUACAGAUUUAUUAGAUUUUUACGAUAAUUUUAAAUACGUAGACUCCUAUGUAAUACCAUAUUUACGCCCACGUCAAUAUUUAUCGUCUGGAUUCAUUUUAAAUAACACAUAUUCAUCUGUUUGGUCAAUACCAUCCAAUUUUAAUAACCAACCAUUAUCUCUAAUAGAAAAGUUUGAUGCCAGUAAAAUAACAAUUGACUUCACAUGGUUAAGUGCAGUCGAAGCACAUAACGAUGGACGGUUUUUAUUAGUAGAUAAUGCGAAUCAAAAAUUACUUUUACUCGAUCCACAGGGACGAUAUCGUAUCGAUGUAACGUCAAUAUAUUUAAAUCAACUAAGAUAUGCAUCAUCUACGGUUCAGUAUUAUUCAUUCUAUCAAAUUCGAAUCGAUCUCGAUGGAUACAUUUUCAUGAUACCUCUUUUGUGCUACGAAUUUUAUAUUUUCUCACCAAUAAAUCAAUUAUAUAAAAUAUUGACAGCAAAACAACUCAAUAUACCCGUAUUACGUGGUGAUUGUAUAGCUAUAGCUCAUACAGGAUUAAUUUACGUAUGUGACGACACAAAUCGCGCGAUCCGAACAUAUACAAGAGUCGGAAUAUUUCAACGAUCAUUUCGUAUUGAUUAUCUCCCAUUGAAAUUAUUCAUCUGUAACAAUCUUCUCUUUACAUAUUCACUAGAGAAAAUAGCCUCGAUUGGUCUUUACACAGUGACAGGAGUUCAUGUACAAACAUUAUACAUGUGUACAUAUAAUUUACCCAAUGAUAUUCAAUGGUUUCGUGGAAAAUACUUUCUAACAUGUGGAACAUUUUUAUAUAUAUUAGAUCAACGAGGCGCAAUAGUAGGUCAUACUGGAUUAAAACAUCUUUUUGCUCCAAAUGAUCAUGUUACUAAAUAUACAAUCAAUGAUUUUGCCAUUAACACAAACGGUUGGAUUGUUUUAACAAUAAAAGAAAACUAUACACUACUUAAUCGAUAUUGGGUUAUCAAACCAAAGUAA